AUGAACUCACAGCACCUCGUAUCGCCGCAAGAAGCGGCCGCUCAAGCUCAGGCCCGAAGGAUGCAACCAUCUGAUCAACUCGGCCACCACAGUCAUCAACAUCACGGUCACGCAGGCUCCGACGACGUGUCAGGAGGCCAAUACUUCAACCCCGCAGCCAUGCACUCUCGCAACAUCGGCAUGGACAACAACAAUCAGCAGUCUCACUACGGAGGCAUGCAGCUGCCCCCGCUUGGCGCCGGCCAAAGCAACGGCGGUCACGGAGGCAUGGGCCACCACGCUUACGGCUACGGCCAGUCGCACGCUAUGCCCUCCCAGCUGUCGUACCCUCAGCAUUCGCCCAACCCAUCGCACGCUCACCUCUCUGGUGGGCAGAACACCGGUCAUAUGUCCAUGUACGGCUACGGUGUCCACCACUCAUCGCCUCAGCAGCACUACUCACAUGUCCCCGGCCAGGCUGCUCAUGGCGGCAUGGGCGGCAUGGUCGGUGGCGCCGGCUCCAACCCCAUGAUGGGUGCUCCCGGUGGAGGCUCUUCUGGCGGUGACUUCGGCCACCACGGCUUUGGUCAGCAGUCGCACUACCAACAGUACUUCCAGCCUCAGAACCUCCAAAGCAUCUCUCCCAGCCAGGCUGGUGCUCCCCCUUCGGCGAAUGCUGCUGCUGCGCCUGCUGCCGCCGCUGGUGCUCCGGCUGCGACCAAGGGCGGAAAGACUGCCAAGGCUCCCAAAGCUCCCAAGGCCCCCAAGGUUGACAAGAAGGCCGCCGCCGCUGCCGCCGCGGCUGCGGCUGCUGCGCCUGUCAAGGCUGCCGCUGAGCCCAAGGGUAAGGCCGGCAAGAAGGGUGCCAGCGCUGACGCGCCCAAGGCCAAGUCGAAAGCUCACCCCUACGCUCAACCCGAGCCAGCCGCCGAGGCCAAGCCGACCAAGAAGCAGAAGAAGAGCGAGGAGCCACCCAAGCCUUCGACCCUCAAGUCGCGUCUGAAGCCUCCCAAGCAGGCUCCCUCGGCGUGGCAAAUCUUCUUCACCGAAGAGCUUCAAAAGAUCAAGGCGCAAAGUCCGGACGAGCGUCUCAAUGUGGCUCACGUCGCCAAGGAUGCCGGUCAACGCUACGCCGCUCUCCCCGAGUCCAAGAAGCAGGAGUUCCAUCGCCGCAGUCUUGAAGCCAAGGAGCAGUGGGAGCAGGAGAUGGCUGACUGGAAGUCCAAGCUCACGCCGGAGGACAUUCGUCAAGAGAACCUCUACCGAUCGGCGCAGAGGAAGGCCGGCAAGUCGAGGAAGGGUAACCUCAAGGACCCUAACGCUCCUAAGAAGCCUCUUUCGGCCUACUUCUUGUUCCUUCGAGCCAUCCGCGCCGACCCCAACAUGACGCAGGCGGUAUUUGAGGGCGAGCAGGAGACCACCAAGCAGAGCGUCCUUGCUGCCGCCAAGUGGCGCAGUCUCAGCGAGACCGAGAAGCAGCCGUACUUGGAUCGUGCCGAAGCUGACAAGGCUCGUUACGAGCGUUUGCGUCGCGAGUACGAGAGCAGCAACGGUCUCGAGUCCUAA